UAUGGAACCAGAGAGGGCCCUGCAGGCUGUGCCUGGGCACCGCAUCAUCCAUGUGGGCACGGGCACAGUGCCUGUCCCACUGGUGAGCACCGCUGGGCACCAACCCACCACAGCCCCCAGCACUGAGCCAGCUGGGCAGCACCGGGGCACUGAUUGUCCCUUUGGCUUCAGCGAGUGUGGGAAGAGCUUCCAGCACAGAGGGAACCUCAUCACCCACCUGCGUGUGCGCACCGGGGAGCGGCUGUUUGCAUGCAGCGUCUGCGCAAAGAGCUUCAAUCAGAAGGGUGACCUGAUGCGGCACCAACGCACCCACAUGGGCGAGAAGCCCUUUGAGUGCACUGUCUGUGGGAAGAGCUUCUGCUCCAAGCAGACCUUCAUGCUGCACCAACGCAUCCACACUGGGGAGAAGCCCUUCACCUGCAGUGACUGCGGGAAGAGAUUCAAUAGCAAGGCCAACUUCAUCACGCACCAGAAGAUCCACCACGGUGAGCGGCCCUUCGUCUGCACCGACUGUGGGAAGAGCUUCAAGUACAAAGGAAACCUGCGGACGCACCGCCUGACGCGCACGGUGCAGCGCGUCUACCCCUGCACCGAGUGCGGCCGGGUCUUCAGGCACAGGAAGGAGCUGAGCGGGCACCAAGGCGCGCACGCCGGGGUGAGGGUCCUGUCCUGCUACCGCCCCUUAUUCCCCGAGCAUCCGCUGCUCGUGCCCCGCACGCAGAUGCAGCUGCCGCUCUCCAAGUGCGAAUAGGAGGAGCGCACAGACGGAGCGGGAGGAGCCCAGAAUCACAGAAUCACAGAAUGACCCGGGUUGGAAGGAACUUCAAGAAUCAUGUAGUUCCAACCCCCAGUGGAAGCAGUGGAGCAGUGGAACGGGAGCGGCGGGACGGAGCCGCGCAGCGGUGUCGGUGUCGCGGAGCAGCUGCGCGUUCACGGAGCGUGGUGCUCAGCCGGGGGAGCGCCCCGAGCGGUGUGUGCCAUAACGGCACCGAGCGCGCAUCUCCCACAGCCCGACGCCGCAUCCAACCCGACCUUCACCACCGGCGGGGACGGGAACCUCGCGGCGCGUCCCAUCGCCCCAGCGCGAAGGGACUUUCCGUAACCCCGAGCUGCCGGGGCUGCGGUGUACGGGAGCCCCCGCCGGAGCCUCGGCUGGGAGGUAGUAAGCCUCGGGAACCGC